AUGGAGAGAGAUAUACUACCUUGGUUGCAACCUCCAACCGAAGAAGAUCGACACACAACUGGAAACAUCAACGACAAUGGUGAUGGUUUCAGAAUUGAUGAUGAAGAUCUUGCUUCUUUCAGGUCAAUGUUGGAAAUUGAGUGGUGCAUGAACAAUAUGCCAACUCAUAAUGAACAAGUUGUCCCAAAUUUUCAAAUCCAAACCCAGCAGCACGAAAACUUUGUUUCUCCUUCAGAUCUAAAUGGUUCUAUUACUAUGCAACCUUUGGGUUCCUCCUCUUUUUCGGCACCAUCCAACUUCAGUUUCUCUCAUCUACUCAAUACCGAAGGCAAUAUCAACAAUAUCAUCAACACCUCCACCACCAACAACAAUGAAGAAAACAACAACAAUCCAUUUGGAAGUGUCUUAAGUCUUGAACCCCAAAGUGACUUCCUAACUCCAUUUCACGGGAAUCAAGCAGACUUAUCGGCCCAAAUUGACCAUUUAUGCAUAUUCCCAAAAACUAGUGCACUUGGAUAUGUACCAACAGGUUUACAAGAAGAAAGCUCCUUUGGUGGUGGUUCAGGGUCUUCAAGUUCCAUGUUUUUGAGUAAUGACAAAGACUUCGGGCAUGCAGAGAUUCCUUCACCACUUCUCGCAUCGCCUAAUUUGUUGAACAAUAAGGAUAUGAGUUCUAACAUGAGCGAGGUAGAUAAGUUGGUACCAUUGUCGAUUCCACAAUUUACAUCGACAUGGUUGACGAAGUUUGAUCAGAAGACGGAGAAAGAGCUAAAUGGGGAGGUUUAUAAAGAAUUGAAUUGUGAAUCUAAGGAGGAUGUUGUUAUUGGUGGUAAUCAGGGUGGCAAUGAUGAUCAGGAUGAAAAUGGAAUUGGUGAGGUGGAUCCAAAAGGCAAGAAGAAGGAAAAUCCAUCAAAGAAUCUCUUGGCUGAGAGGAGGAGAAGGAAGAAGCUCGAUGAUAAGAUGUACACUCUUCGUUCAAUUGUGCCAAUUAUCAGCAAGAUGGAUAAAGCUUCGAUACUUGGAGAUGCUGUUGAAUACUUGAAUGAGUUACGACAAAAAGUUAGUGAUCUUCAAACUGAGCUUGGGUCAAUUUCUCUUGGACCAUCUCUCGCACCCACCACUUCAACCCUUCCUGUGCAAGUGAAUGAAGAAUUAUAUCAUAGCUAUGUGUCAAGCCCUAGAAACCAAUCAACAAAGGUAGAGACAUGGGAAAUGGAAGAUGGAACUGUCAACAUCCAUAUGUUUUGUGCCUACAAACCAGGUGUUUUGGUUUCAAUUAUGAAGGCAUUUGAUAUCCUUGGAUUGGACAUUCACCAGGCUACCAUAAGUUGUUUCAAUGGGUUUACCAUAGAUGUAUACAAAGCUGAGCAAUGCAUACAAGGUGAGAAAGUGAACACUGAACUAAUUAAGGCAGUGUUGGUGAAUGCAGUGGAUUACCAUAUGGCAUGA